AUGGCGACUCGGCUGCUCCGCCUCAGCGGCUUGGUGCGGACCGCCGGCCCCCGGCUCUUCUCCGCCCAGGCCAGCCCUCUGCAAACUGAGCAGCAUGGCUCAAAGCGCCUGGAACCAUCUUCUGCUAAAGCCUUGACUGAUAUAGGCACGCGGAAGAUCUUCUCAUCAGAACAUGAUAUCUUCAGGGAAAGUGCCAGGAAGUUCUUUCAGGAAGAAGUGUUGCCUUUCCAUGCAGAGUGGGAGAAGGAUGGCCAGGUGAGCAGGGAGCUCUGGGAAAAGGCUGGACAGCAGGGAUUGCUGGGUGUUGCUAUAGCUGAGAAGCAUGGAGGCAUUGGAGCAGAUAUUCUCUCUUCUGCUAUUGUGUGGGAGGAGCAGAUGUAUGUUAACUGCACUGGCCCAGGAUUCAGCCUUCAUUCAGAUAUAGUCAUGCCCUACAUUGCCAACUAUGGCACUGAAGAACAGAUUAAACGUUUUAUCCCUCAGAUGGUGGCAGGCAAGUGCAUUGGAGCUAUUGCCAUGACAGAACCUGGGGCUGGCAGUGACUUGCAGGGAGUAAGAACAUAUGCAAAAAAGGAUGGGAGUGACUGGAUUCUUAAUGGGAGUAAGGUGUUCAUCACCAACGGCUGGAUGAGCGACGUCGUGAUCGUGGUUGCGGUCACUGACCGGGAGGCUCGGUCCCCUGCCCAUGGCAUCAGCCUGUUCCUGGUGGAAAACGGCACUAAAGGCUUCAUCAAGGGACGCAAGCUGAACAAGAUCGGCCUGAAAGCUCAGGACACAGCAGAGCUGUUUUUCGAAGACGUGCGGUUGCCAGCCAGUGCCUUGCUUGGAAAAGAGAACAAAGGCUUCUAUUAUCUGAUGGCAGAGCUUCCUCAGGAAAGGCUGCUGAUUGCUGAUAUGGCUCUUGCCAGCUGUGAAUUCAUGUUUGAAGAAACCAGGAACUAUGUGAAGCAAAGAAAAGCUUUUGGGAAGACAGUUGCACACUUGCAGACGGUGCAGCACAAGCUGGCAGAAAUGAAAACACAGAUCUGUGUGGGCCGAGCAUUCAUGGACAACUGUUUGCAGCUGCAUGCUGAGAAACGUCUGGACUCUGCCACGGCUUCGAUGGCCAAGUACUGGUGUUCUGAUCUCCAGAACAGCGUAGCUACCCAGUGUGUGCAGCUGCACGGAGGAUGGGGGUACAUGUGGGAGUAUCCCAUUGCCAAAGCUUUCGUGGAUGCCCGUGUGCAGCCAAUCUACGGUGGUACCAAUGAAAUAAUGAAAGAACUUAUUGCUAGAGACAUUGUCAGUGACAAGUAGGGCAGAUGCUUACUACUAUGGAGAGUCUUCUAGAAUCCUUUGUAUUAACAGAUGGCAUACCAUCAGACAUCAGAAUGUAAGUAAAAUAAACAUGGUGUACCCUAUUAUUUCAAGAAAGUGGCACUAUUUAAGAAGUGUGAGGAAUGACAGUGAUGUGCAGGUUCUCUAAUACUUAAUGCACUUUCAAUUUAAAUAUCCUUGGGACAACAGGAAUUCCAAACUGGAGUUCUCUGGGCUCUGAAAGUGUGGUGAAAGACAGUUGUGUCUGGAACAUUUUGAGUCUUUCAGGCUCAAUGCCUUUACACUAAGUCCAACCCUUCCUUUUCAGAAUCAAAUCUCUUCUCGUGAGAAGCCAUGUUCUUAAAUAUUUUACAUUUAACUUCUUUUAUUUUGUAUUUUGCCUCAACAAGUCACACUGUGUCAGAUCAGAACUUGAACCUUCCUCUACUCCUGCCAUCCACCUGCUUACUGUGCUGCAGCACCCCCCUUGGGGAGGUUGACCUCUAUGUUUACAUGUAACCCAGAAUGCCUUAUUUUAAUUACUGUGUUCAAAUAAACGUAAUAAAGCA